GUCUUAGCGGAUAAUUUUGAGAUUAAAGUAAUUUUUAUCACCUGUUUCAUGUGCCCUGAUUGUGGCAUCUUACGUCUCUUGUGCGUCUUCUGUGUCCGUGUCGCUGCCGUCUGUGUAGCUCUCUGCACGCCAAUAAACACCCGAUUUGAUCUUAAAUCCAGUAUUUUUGCCGAGCAGACUAUUGCUCGCCUCUUAAUGUAGCGGGAAUACCCUACGUGCAACCAUAAUGGUCUUUACCAUUGUCUCCCAUUGUGUCUAUACGUGAAACCGACUGACCAAAAAAACACGUGGGCAGGGUAGUGUGAAGAUAUCCGGUUUGUAGGUUGCGCUGAAAUCCGGAGUUACUCCCGACAGUCUCCGCUAUGGUGAACCGAUUAGGCUCCGUCGUGGACAAAAGAAGGGUGCCUUGAUGUGGGCAGUAUGAGUAAGACGCCCCCUAACAGAAGAGGGAUAACAUUUGAGGUGGGAGCUCAGCUUGAGGCUAGAGACAGCCUCAAAAACUGGUAUGCUGCCAACAUUGAGAAGAUUGACUAUGAUGAUGAAAAAGUGUUGAUCCAUUACCGGCAGUGGAGCCACCGUUACGACGAAUGGUUUGACUGGACAAGUCCCUACCUGAGACCUGUAGAGAGAAUUCAGCUGAGGCGGCAGGGCCUGAAUGAUGAUGUACCUGCCUUUAAUGUGAAUGACAAAGUGUUGGCCAGCUGGUCUGACUGCCGUUUCUAUCCUGCUAAGGUCAUUUCGGUUAAUAAAGAUGCAUCCUACACUGUGAGGUUUUAUGAUGGUGUCAUCCAGACAGUGAAAGGAAUACAUGUGAAGCCUUUUACCAGAGAGAGAGGUGGAGGGAAGUCUCGGUCUUCUGAAAGGAACAUGGUUAGGAGGGCCCCAAACCGCAGAGACAGAAGGUCUCAGGAGAACGGGGGACCCAAGAACAAGCGAGCCAGACGCAGCACUUCAGACCAGGAGGAAGACAGCAACACUGAGGAUGAGGAGCAUGAACAGGGAAUGGUAAAUGAUAAAAACAAGAAAACAAAUGGUGAGCUAGAGGCUGUGCCCACUGUCAAAAAAGAAGAGGAAAUCCCUGAGAAAGCAGACCAAAUCAAGCCCAGGGAUGUCGAAAAAGGGACAGGAUUCAGUAAUGGCGUGAAAGUCGAGGAAGACGAGAAGGAAGGUGGCGAAACGUGUCGCAUCAAUGGAGAUGUGAAAAAGGAAGAGGUGGAAAUGGAACAGACUGGAGCAAAGCCAUAUACAGAGUCACUCAAGCCAUACACAGAGUUGCCCACUCAGAUGUCAUUGCAAACAGAGCAGGUGUCUGUCACUAUGACAACCACAGAAUCCAGUGGCGAUGUGGAGCAGAAACCAAAUGUCCAAUCAGAAAGUGUUCAGGCCGCAGUGGAUGUGCCGCCUCCUCAGCCUGUGAAACCGGUAAGGAAGCAGGGUUUCCACAACCCCAACAGAUUUAGCAGAGAACCAUUGUAUCGAGUUAUCAAAAACCAACCUCCUCCUGUCCUGUCCAUCAAUCUUGAUCACAACCCGUUCAAGUGCAGCGCUCCUGGCUGCACAAAAUCAUUCCGUAAAGCCAAGCUGCUGCAUUACCACAUGAAAUAUUACCAUGGCGAGGAACAGCCCCCAGAGGCAGACCGCAGCCCCACAAGGAGCGUCCAGACUAGGGCCUCUGAGAAACAGUCUAGUGCCACUGGUUUGGAUGGCACAAAGAGAAGGCGCACCAUUUCUGCAUCCAUGCAGUCUGUUGGAGUUGCCACGGCUCCGCGUGGAGAGCUGAAGGCUGCUGGCAGACGCACGUCAGCACCGCCUGCAGUCAACACUCAAGGCCAUCAGCAGAGGGCACUGCUGAGGGAGAAAAGCAAAGAGAACCAGCUGGACAGGAAUGGCUGUCAGCUGCAGGACAAAGACUCAGACAGGAGUUGCUUCGAUAUUGGUUCAGUAAAAGAUAAACUGAAAGAAAAGCCUAAACAGAAGGACUUCCUCCGCAUUAAACUCAAGAAAAAGAAGAAGAAAAAGAAGGCCAAGUCUGACUGCACAGGUAGUGAGGAGAAUAUUGGCAUCUCAGUAUUGGGUCUUCAGUCCAAAUUGAAUUUGCCACUCAAAACUCCCCCCUCACACAAUCACAAGCCCGAGGCCUACCCCAGCAGGCCUGGAUACAGCUACUCAGAGCAGAUACAUGUGGAUGACGAGGAUAGUAUCAGUGACUGGUCCACUGAUAGCUGUGGGUGGAGUGAAGAUGACUUUGAUGUGGAUUUGGACGUCACUACACCACCUCUGAGUGUGGACUCUGGUGCCUUAGACACCAGUGACCAAGAGAUAGUGAGAUGCAUCUGUGAGGUGGAAGAAGAGAAUGACUUCAUGAUUCAGUGUGAAGAUUGUUUGUGCUGGCAGCAUGGCACCUGUAUGGGAUUGUUGGAAGAAAAUGUUCCAGACCGUUACACUUGCUACAUCUGCCGAGACCCACCAGGUCAGAGGCAGAGUCUACGUUACUGGUAUGAUCGAGAGUGGUUGACCAAUGGUCACAUGUAUGGACUCUCGUUCCUGGAAGAAAACUACUCUCACCAAAAUGCCAAGAAGAUCACCACCACCCACCAGCUGCUGGGAGAUGUGCACCAUGUAGUGGAGAUCCUCAAUGGUCUUCAGCUUAAGAUGAGCGUCUUACAGAACAACUCUCACCCUGACCUGCAGCUAUGGCGACAGCCCUGGAAGCAUUUGGAGAGGUCAAGGAUUGGUUCAGAUUCGUGCCGGAGCAGCAAUGCAAUUCCAUCUCCUGUGACUCCUGAUGAGGACAUGAACCGAGGAGAGAUCUUAAUGUCCAACGCUCUGGAGAAGCUUAGCCGGGCUGCUACAGCUGCCACCGCCUCUUCGUCCUGCUCCUCUUCCCCCUUUCCUUCCUUCCAAGACUCUUACAUUACCAGUGAACACUGCUACCAGAAACCACGAGCAUAUUAUCCAGCAGUGGAGCAGCGGCUGGUGGUGGAGACCCGACAGGGCUCUGAGCUGGAGGGCAGCAUGAGGAGCACAGAGGAGCUGCUGGAAAGGGAGCAACGCUACGGAAGCCUGCUUGAGACAGACAAGCCCAAAUCAACAGGCAUCAGCAACAAGGCUUCAUUGGGUGGCUCAUGGUCACAGACUGAGAACAGGGACGAGGGUGUCAAGGACUCCGGAGAAGCUUCAGAUAACAGCAGGCAGCAUCAGCAGUGGCGGAUCAACCUGCUGGAUCACAUAGAUGCCGUCCAGGACGAGGUCUCUCACAGGAUGGACUUCAUUGAGAGGGAGCUAGAUGUGCUGGAGAGCUGGCUGGACUACACCGGGGAACUGGAGCCUCCUGAACCUCUGGCUCGUCUGCCUCAGCUCAAACACCGCAUGAAACGGUUGCUGACACAGCUAAGCAAGGUGCAGCAGAUCGCCCUGUACAGCUCCACAUGAGGGCGUCAGAGAAGAGCAGCAGGUUCAGACGCCACACAGCCUGCAGAAGAGAUGCAGUGGCUGAAGCUCACUGGUCACAGGCUGCAAAGAUGACAGUAUUCAUGCAGGUCCAAGACUUUGUUGGUUCAGCACAUUUGCUCUGAUCUGACCUCUGCUGCUGUUUCUCCUUUUUUAAAAGGGUCCGUGUGGUGGAAUCCAAUGCCGUGCUCAGCUUGUGUCAUAUAUGAAUAUUUAUAUGAACAUUUAUAUGAACGUGUAUGAAAAGUGAGCAUCUUAAAUCAGGAUAAAACACAAGAAGUAACCUCGUAAAUGCAGGAGAAAAUCCUUUAGGACCAGACUACACUUCUGUGGUUUCCAUGCAACUCUAAACCUUAUGAAUGCCUUUUGUCUGAGCUACUGCUUGAGGUUGUCCCGUCUCUCCCAGUACGCAGUGCUUUACAUGCAGAAGAAGCUUUAUAAGCAAAUUGCAGUUCCUGAAUCUACACUCUUUGCAGCAGAUUUCUGAACACAUUUUCACUUUUUUUUUCUUUUUUUUUUUAAAUGGUUUUGUUUUGCAUAACCUUGUCUCCCAGAGUUCAGUUGUGGUCAUCUAUCAUGCCGUAAUUUGUCAAAUUCUUUUGGUAAAUGUGGACAGAUAGAAACUUGAAGACAUCUAGUAUGUAAUGAUGCUGUAUAAGCGGUCCCUACAAAAAAAUCUAUUUUUUUUGACCUCCUCUAGGGUUUGUUUUCCACUACACUGUGAAGUUAUUUUUGUUGGGUAUCAAAGGCAUCUUAUUUUAGCUUUACUGGCAAAAGGAAAAGUUUUGUCUAAAAGCUGUCUGCUUGUCCGUUCACCCAUUUUAUCAGUUUGCGUUCCUACUUUAAAUUACUCCUUGGAUUGUCGUUGCUAUAGCACUUGACCUAUGAUUCACUGAAAAUUGUAAUGUGGACUUGUCUCUUCUUAACCUAUCAUCUUGUGUCAGUGACAUAUUACUCAGAAAACCUGUAAAUGUGUUCUUUUUCCUGUAUUCUGUUUAUUUACAGUAAAUCGUUUGUUUGUAAAUAUGUCAUUCUUCUUUAAUGAGCAUAUUGUAUGCUACUGUACUGUGUGUCUGGUUUAGAAGCAGGGGAAAUGUCCAGAACAAUGCAAACAGAUUUCCUGGUACAUAAAUAAAAUAUCCUUGAUAUUAAUCGCGA